AUGAUGGAAGACUUCAAUCGGCGCUUCCAAAACGUCGACCACGCUAGGGCGGCGUGUCUCAAAGCAAUCAGAGACCUACUUCGUGCACGCGGAAAAUCACUCGACGACUACGGUCUACCCAGUCCAGACGAAGAUCUACUGGAACCGGAUCAAGACGACCCAAUGUUCGGUGCAAUAGACGCGGCCGUUGCCUGGCAACAGCGAUUGAGUGAAUUGAACGACGAACAACGAACGGUGUACGAUCGAGUGAUGGCGGCCGUCGAUGACAACCGCAACGUUCAGAAAAUGUUCUACGUCGACGGGCCAGGAGGAACGGGAAAAACGACGCUAUACGGAUGCCUAAUAUCGUCGCUUCGUAACAGACAAAAAACGGUGUUGAGCGUGGCAUACACCGGGAUCGCCGCAUCCCUCAUGAAGGGCGGCAUGACGGUGCACUCGACUUUCGGAUUGCCAUUGGGAACGCUGACCGAACAAUCUACUUCGAGUAUCACCAUGCAGUCUUUGCGCGCGCAAAGGAUACGUGAAGCUUCGCUGAUUGUCUGGGACGAAGCGCCCAUGUCCCCGGGCCUACAAUUCACGGUGGUCGAUCGCUUGCUCAAGGACAUCAUGGGAUCGGCACUACCGUUUGGUGGUAAACCAAUACUGUUAGCUGGCGACUUCAGGCAGAUAUUGCCCGUCGUUCGCCGGGGGAACAGGAGCUCCAUCGUCAUGUCAUCUAUCAAACGCCACUCAUUGUGGAGAGAGUUUGAACAGUUGCUUGAAAAAAAACUAUACGGUGGCCAGUAA